AUGAGAGUCAAGAAGAGAAACGUCAGAGGUAAUGCCAAAAACUUCAUCACCAGAACUCAAGCAGUCAAGAAACUACAAGUUUCAUUAGCAGAUUUCCGUCGUUUAUGUAUUUUUAAAGGUAUAUUCCCAAGAGAACCAAGAAAUAAGAAGAAGGCAAAUAAAGGUUCAACAGCUCCAGUUACUUUUUAUUAUUCUAAGGAUAUUCAAUAUUUAUUACAUGAACCUGUUUUAGCAAAAUUUAGAGAACAUAAAACCUUUUCCAAGAAAUUAAAUAAAGCUUUAGGUAGAGGUGAAGUUGGUGAUGCUAAAAAAUUAGAAUCAAAUAGACCAAAAUAUAAAUUAGAUCAUGUUAUUAAAGAACGUUAUCCAACUUUCCCAGAUGCCUUAAGAGAUAUUGAUGAUGCUUUAAAUAUGUUAUUCUUAUUUUCUAUCAUGCCUGCAACUGAUAAAAUUUCCUCUAGAGUGACAAAAGAUGCAAAUAAUAUUUGUAAUCAAUGGUUAGCUUAUGUUUCAAGAGAACGUGCAUUAACUAAAGUAUUUGUUUCUAUUAAGGGGGUUUAUUAUGAAGCUAAAGUUAAAGGUGUUGAAAUCAGAUGGUUAGUCCCUUUCAAAUUCCCACAAAAUAUUCCAAGUGAUAUUGAUUUUAGAAUCAUGUUGACAUUUUUGGAAUUUUAUUCAACUUUAUUACAUUUUGUUUUGUUUAAAUUAUAUACUGAUGUUGGAUUGAUUUAUCCACCAAAAUUAGAUGAUGCAAAAUUAAAAGGUAUUGGUGGUCUUUCUGCUUAUAUUUUGGAAUCUAAUAAUUUAGAAAAUUCAAUCUUACCUAAAGUUGAUGAAUCUGGUAAAGAUCAAGAAGGUCAACAAAUUUCAAAAGAAUUUUUAAAAGCUGCAUUAAAAGCUGAUUCUAAAAAAGAUGAUAAAGAAGUUGAAGAUGAAGAAGAUAAUUCAGAUGUUGAACAAAUUGAUCUAGAUGAAUUUCAAGAUAAGAAUAAAAAUUCAGGUGAUUUAUUAAUUCAACCAUCAAAAUUUGAUAAUGAAACAUCACAAUUAUUCCAAGGUUUUGUAUUUUUCAUAAGUCGUGAAGUUCCAUUAGAUAUCUUGGAAUUUAUUAUAUUAUCAUGUGGUGGGUCCAUCAUAAGUGAAUUAUCACUCGAUGAAUUGAAACUUAAAAAUGAAGAUGUUAGUGGAUUACCAUUAGAUAAAAUUACUCAUCAAAUUGUUGAUAGACCUAAAAUCAAUGGGAAAGUUCAAGGUAGAACUUAUGUUCAACCUCAAUGGGUAUUUGAUUCUAUAAAUAAAUCAAAAUUAUUACCAAUAAAUUCUUAUUUACCUGGUGAAACUUUACCUCCACAUCUUUCACCAUGGGGUGAUUCUGGUAAUUAUAAUCCAGAAGAAACUUUGGUUGAAGGUGAAGAAGAAGAUGAAAGUGAAGAAGAAGAUGAAGAUGUUGAAGUUGAUGAUGAUGAAGAAGCUGAUGAAGUCAAUGAAGACAUUGAAGUUGAUGAUGAAGAAGAUGAAGAUGCUGCUGAAGAAUUAAAAGCUCAAAAAGAAUUAGAAUUAGAAGCUAAAGGUAUUAAAUAUAGUGAUGUUAAAGAAGAUCCAGCUUCUGUUAAAAAGAGAAAAACUCAAACUCCAAAAUCAAAAGAAGAUGAAGAAAAAGAAUUAAAAUUAAUUAUGAUGACUAAUAAACAACGUAAAUUAUAUAAAAAAAUGAAAUAUUCAAAUGAUUUAAAAGAUCAAAGACAAGAAGAAUUACGUCAAAAAAGAAGAAAAAUUGAAAAAAAUAAAUCAAAAUUAAAUAAAUUAAAUGAAAAGAAGUAA